AUGCCCAUACCCACCGAGAGCGCGCUCUUUGCGCCUCUGUCAACCAGGCCCACCCCACCCACCAUCCCCACUUUGACCAAACUCGAGCCUCUCUGCUUCGACAAGGUCCCACUUUCGCCACUCUCCCCAAUCCACCGCUCGGCAUCAAUGUCCACAGAUUGCGAGAGCGCGUUUAGCGAUGGUGCAGACCUCAGCCGCUCUCCCUCCCUCCUCACCUCCCUUAUUCAAACACAGACCCGUCGCUCAGCACGCACUACACCUGCAACAACUCCCGGUGUAUCGCCAACCGCAACUCCAGCCCCGCUUCCAUUGACCUCACGGCCAAUCCUGCGCCGCUGCUCGAGCGGUGCCUUCUCCGACGCCGUCAUCGAGGAAGGCAGCCAAGGUCUUCCCCGUCGCCGCUCCUGUCUCAAGUUUGCCGUCACCCCACGUCCCCUCCAGCUGUCCAACCGCUCCUCGGUCUCGACUGCAUCAUCAAGACGACCCUCGGGCGCUUCGUCUCGCCUCACUUCGCCACGCUGCGCUACACCCGCACUUGACGAGGACGACGAAGAGGACGACCUGGCCACCACCGCGUUUGACACGGACGACGCAGGCUAUCAGGAGGACAGCGAGGAUGGCUUCACCUCUGAUGAGGACGGUCCUCCUCUGGUGCCACUGGCCCAGUGGCCGGCGACAUGGACAAAACAGGGCGCAACGCCCGCACCAGCCCCCAUCCUCUGGACGGCUGCCCGCCGAGCCGCAGACGUUGCCGAGCCAUCGACCGACGACUGCGACGAGGUGGUGCCAAGGAGAUCUCGCGUCCGCGUCCGCUAUGAGGACCCCAAGGACAGCAUCCGCCGCGGCCGCUGCUCGACCCACCGCUCGCCACCUCCCGACUCGCACGUACCCGAAGUCGAGGCCGAGGUCACCGCCCCUCCGGCCGCCCACUCUCCCUCGGCGGCCGACCUGUGCCGGCGCCGCAGCGGCGUCACUGCCGCUCGCGGAUGGCGGUCUGACGACUGUGCUCGCCGCGCUCCGCGUGGGGUCACUUUCCUUCCCAAUCGCAAGGCGAGCCAGGCCCGCGUCCAGUUCACCGUCAACCAGCGCACCUGCAGCGUCGUCGUGCGGCGCGACUCGGCGCCGGCCGCUGGCGUGGACGAGGUGCACGUCCUAGCCGAUCCUAGUGCCACGCCGUGUCCGCUGGCCAAGCUUCGCGCUCUUACCUCUUAA